UGCUACAGGCUCCACAUAACGGCUGCAGCUGGUUAAUACUCCACUAAAACGCUUUGUUAACAAGCCGCCUGGCCCGUUCCGUCCCUGCUCCAGUUUCCGGUCUGUGUGUGUGGAGUGGAGCAGAGGUGAAGCCGUCACAUGAUUGCUGCGACCGCUCAGCAGCAGCAGCAGCAACAGCAGCAAGCGGGGCUCCGUGGAAAACACACGGCUUUGUUUCCCACCCAGCAUCCCCCCACCCUACACACACACACUCACUCACUUACACACACACACACAACACCUCCUCCACCGCCGCAUCUCUGCCUCUAGUCAUGCCAUGGAUACUUUGUGGCAAUACCAGUUCCGAAUCAUCCUGCUGGGGGACUCCACCGUGGGCAAGUCGUCGCUGCUGAAGCGCUUCACGGACGGGAUUUACAGCGACGUGGCGGAUCCCACGGUCGGGGUGGAUUUCUACGCCCGCUCGCUGGACAUCGAGCCCGGGGUGAAAAUCAAGCUGCAGCUCUGGGACACGGCCGGACAGGAGCGGUUCAGGUCCAUCACAACAUCAUACUACCGCAACUCUGUUGGAGGGCUGCUAGUCUUUGACCUCACCAACCGCAAGACCUUUGACCAUGUGAGAGAAUGGCACAAGGAGGUGAGCGAGCACAUCCUGCCCCACCACAUGGUCUACAUUCUCAUCGGCCACAAGAGCGACCUCAACAAGGACCGCAAGGUGAGCCGGGAUGAGGCCGAGCAGCUUGCCGCCGAUCUGGGAAUUCGCUACAUCGAGACAUCGGCUAAGUGCAACAGCAAUGUGGACCGGGCGUUCGAGCUGCUGACCAGAGAUAUCUUCGAGCUGAUGAAGAUGGGGGAGAUUGUUACCCGUGAUGGCUGGGAUGGCGUUAAAAGUGGCCUCACUGCAAAGGUCCUCUACCCGGGUGAUGAUGAAGAGGAAAUUGCGACUGCUUCCCCAGAGAAGGGCUGCCACUGCUAAAUGCUGAUACUUUGUGUUCAUAAACUGUCCCAUCGCACUGAAAUCUCACUUUGUCUUGCGGCCAUCCAUAGAAACCAGACCACUCUGGAUCAGAACCCUGUGAUGUAGCCACUGUUCCUUCCUUACUUUGUGACUUGUACCCUUGUCUUUGUUUGGGUCACUCUAAGAGCUGGGAUUAUUGCAAGGAAAUGGGCAUUCCAGUCUUUUUGGCAGUUGGAAUCUAUAUAGUGAGGCAUAACACCAGGAGCAUAGAGCCUUACCCAAUGUGAAAAACAGAACCUAGCCAUAUGCCCUUCUCAGUACAGGAGCAAACGCACUUAUGAUUGUAAGGUCUGCCUGUCAAAGUUUGUGCAAUGUUUUGCCUACAUGCUGUUGUAACUCUCGUAGAUUAUAAAAACUAUAGAGAUGGUGUGCAAAGAGAACGCAGGAAGCUGUUGGAGUGAAUAGUGUAAAGAGACACAGCAUUCUGCAAUAAGUGUAAAUCGGUGUGCUGCUCCUCCUGUUAUUGUAAACUGUGUGCACUAACACCAAACUGAUUUCGAACCUUUAAUCAUCUUGUAAAUAGAUGCACACCAUCAGAAUCUGAGAAUAUCUGUGGUUAAGAUGUUUACAUACAGACAGACCAUGGUACUGAAGUUUAGUGGUUCCAUUUGAGGCAUCUGUAAAUAACACUAGUAAUAAGAUGGACACUAGAAGUAUACAUGUCUCACUAAGAAUUGUUUAAAUUGGUAAAGGAAAAUAAUUUUUGAUUUUUUUGUUUGUUUCUUCUGUAAGCAUUAACUAACUUAGGGUAAUAUUGAUAAAACUCCAACAGUUUUAUUUGCACAGAUGACUUUGAAAGGAAACUGGAAUCAUGAGGAAAUUGUGAGAGACGCUGUGAGACUUGUUUGGUGUCCUUGUUCCCACACAGUGUCAAGUGGGAAAAACUGAAGGUUACACUUUUUGGCAAUAUUUCUCAAUCAUUUUUAUUUUACAAAAAUACAAGAGUAAGUAACUCAAACAAAACCUCCUCCAGAUUCUCUUUUAAGCCCUUUCCGAAACACACAGUUGAAAGCGAAUGGCUUUAUAGUUGUAGUAACUUCAACCUACCAAAUGGAGGCACUGGCAGUGUUACUUGGUAGGUGAAUUUCUCAGUAGGCUUCUCCACUCCUCACUCUCUAUGAAACUUGUUUUCUCUCACUUGUUACAUGGCUACAAAACUUUUUCUUGUUCUACUUAUUUUUUAAGUUUUUCUUUCAAUCAUCAUAAAAUUAGCACAUAUUUUACAACAUUCAAGCUGACAAAAUGUCAAAUCUUACAUCGUAGAGAUUAGGUAUCGUCUGUGGGUGGGUUUACACCGUUCUGAGCUUUGACACAAACUCAGAUCAUGUACUAAAAGGUGUGAAUAUAAGCCAAUUAUUCUAAAUAAAGGACAUAUUAACAUAAAUAUAUUCAGGUUCGCAAGUUAACAGGAUUGUGAACCUGUUAGCUCAUGUCUGCAUAUCUGCAGUUAAGAAUAGUAACUCUACCGUUGCCAAAUCAGCGAUUUUCUUCUAUACAUUUCAGACGAAAAAUCUUUUUUGGCCAAAAUUUAAAUGGCCAGGUCAGGUUUCUUAAUGAUUGUCAAGCUGUAAUCAGCCAGAAAACUGCAAUUGGUGCACCCCUAAAAGUGACCCAAAACUAAUAACUAAUUUAAACAGCACUCUUCCUUCUACAAUGCCAUAUUCAGUGAAGAGUGAAAUGUAAUUACAACAAAGCUGCAGCUGCAAACAUGACAUGCAGCCUUCCAAGGUUUGAGAAUUCCUUCUGGACUAAAGAGGCUUUGAACAAACAGCCUGAUGACCCAGAACUCUUAACUUGGAAAUUCACUCGUCUUCACAACCUACUAAACUUUCUCCACCAAACACAAGAUUGCCAGACUUUUAUUCUGUUCUAUAAUAUAGAAUAUUUAGUUCAUUCACCAAACAAUAUAUGUUAUAGCACAGUGUAAGAUAAGGACGAGUAUACAUCUGCAGCAUCCCUUUAUUUUUUACUCUUACACUCAAAUUCACUGUUCUAUAUAUUUUUGUUCAUGUAUGUUAUAUGCAGUAUGAUAUGUUCUGAGUGCACAGGAAGACUUUAUUUCACAGGUUCUUUGCAUUGAUAGAUUCCGUUUAAAUUAAUAUUUCUGACUUUUCUCAGUUGUUACCUUUUCCCUUGUCUCCUCCUUUAUGCAGGGAUAAACUGCACAUGAUGAAAAACAUGUUGCCAUUCUUUACUGAAUCCAUCAUUUCAAUCUACUGCUUUCUUUACCCAACUGUUCAAUUUGUUACCCAAAGCAGAUAAAGAUGGCUGCCUUUUUCACUUUGAAGAACGAUCAAAUGUUAUUUCGGAAAGACUCAAUUUUUUUAAUCAAAUGCCUUAUUAGCCACCAAUGGGAAUCAACUAAGAAUAAAAUUGAAAAUAACAUCUCAAGUCGUAUUUACUGCAGUAGGUGCGAUGCAGGCGAUGCAAAUCAUUGUCACUUUCCACUGCAAACCCAGCUUCUCUUAUCAGGUAAUGUGUAAAAAUAAGUUAUGUUUUUGCAGAAAUCUGCAUGUUAGGCUUUGAAGUGUGAUAGGAGAAUAUUGUUGCCAUUCAUAGGUGUGUGCCUCAGAUAGCAGUUUUUAUGCUCAGCCCAAGGAUGAGUACUGGAGAAACGUUGGAACAGCAUCUGCUCAGCCAUGCCAGUUAAGUUUUGAACCACACUUCAUUUUUAAUCUGAUUAGGCUACAUAUACAUAUUCAUAAUUAUUUUAAGAUCAUCUUAGAUUCAGCAAUAGUAUUAACUGUAUAACUACUUGCUGAGUAAUAAGUUUAGAAAGUCAGAACAAGAAAGUGGCUCAGUCAGAUUUUGCUAAGGCUAGUUUAGUACAGCUGUUAGUGAGGAGUAUCACAGAAAACAUGAUUUCUGGUGAUAAUCACAUGUUUUUUAAUUUGUCACCAAACUUUAUUCCCAGUUUGCACAAGGCUUUGAAGAAGAGAAAAUGUUAAGGUUCUUUUAUGGUGUACAAAUUGUUUGGUCUAAAUCACUGUUCAUAAAGAAAAUGCACCAGUGGAAAUAAAUCACAUAAACUCCUCAGAGGUUAGAAUUCAUGACUUUACUUUUUUUUAUUUGUCACUUAAAGAUUUUUUUGGGGUGAUGUAAUCUCAGUGACUGAUGAAAGAAUAAAUAAAUAAAUAGAUGUUCAAUAUAUCA